UCCGUGGCAUAUCUAUAAAUAUAACAAGUGUAAUUCAUAAUUAAUUGCAAUUGAUAAGUAAGUUAAAACAAUAUUAUAGGCAAACACCAAAAAAAAAAGAAAAGAAAAAAGUAAAGAUGGGAAUAAUUAGGAUUAACCAUCCCCAGAAUAUCGUUAGUGCGGGUCUGUUUGUGAUUCUCGUGAUUGCCCUCGCCUCCCUGUCGGCAGAUGAAAUACCAUCAAAUUGUGAGAUUGGCAGCUAUUGUGAUAGAUGUCAAGAAGGUUAUUAUAAGAUUGUCAAUGUGGAAUCCAUAUAUGUCAAAGUGUGUUGUCCAGGUUGCAAGAAGAAUUUUAAUGCCGGAAACAGAGAAAGUGACGGAAUACCGUUUUGUACGUGCAAUUACCCAGAGGAUAGAAGAAAAAUAAAAGGAACCUGCUGGAAUGGACCGCAAUGUGAACCAUGUUUAAACGGACCAAACAAAACAUACGUUGGAUUCAUCAACAGUAUUCCAGUCUGUUGUGCGAAUUGUGAGAGAUCUGGUCUAAUGCUUGGAGGAAAUGAGUGCAAUUGUCUACAUAAUGGCCCAUAAACGUUGCAAAUGUUUGACUGGUGUUGGAAAUGAAAGUGGACCCAACAAUGUACUUUUCUUGAUUUUUAUUAAACUAAAACGUUUCAACAAUUAAAUAUAUAUAUAUGUAGCUAAUAGCUUUGUAAUUAAAGAAAAUAAUAAAUAAAAUAUUAAGAUAGUUGAUCACUCAAUGAAAAUUGAUAAUUAACUAAUACAACAAAACAGAACAUUUAAAAUGACUGAACAAUAUCGCUUAAUAAUACUGUUUGCACACACCACAUGCCAUGUAUUUGACAUUUUGCAUUUAUGCCGUACUCUCAUAUGUCUAUUUAUUGAUGUUAAAAAUAACUAAAAGAAAUGCUUUAAGUUUUCACAAGUUUUAAGGUUUCACAAGUUUUGAUGUGCUUGUUUAACCCAUUACUUCAUAAGCAUUUUGUGAAAAAUGGCGGUUUUCAGUGAAAAGUAUCCCGUUACAAGUUCAAAUUGCUAUAAAACUAUAAAAACUGCUUCAAUACUAAUCAAACUUGGCACAAAUGUUAUCUGGACAAUUUCAUUUGUAACAACAUACUCAGGCUUAAAUUUCGUAUUACCAUGGCAACGAGAGGACAUCUCAAAAUUGCCAAAAAUCACUAUUUUGCAUUGAAUUUUCCAUCAAAAUUGAUUUCAAAGUGCUGCAACUUCUCAAUGGAUUGAGAAAGAGUCAGAUGCUUUUCAGCAUUUGUUACACGUUACAUUUUGAUCGAUCUUGGGUCAUUUUUAGCCUCUCACAAGUCCAAAAUUUUCUUCUUUUUUUUUUUUUUUUUUUUUUUUUGGGGGGGGGGGGGGGUCGAAAAUGCGUUGUUUCGCAUAUAUAUGAGGUAUAGGGUUAAGGUUUCACAAGUUUUGAUGUACUUGUUUAAGGUUUUAUCCUGUAAGGGCUUUUUAUAGACCAAAUAUUUUAUAAAGAACACAGGCAAGUAAAAUAAAAUGAGCGUGAUGUAUUUAAAAUAGGUAUCACAGUAUUAGCAGAUUAAAACUUGCAUCCUCAGGGGUAUAAUUAAAAA